CUCUUUUGUAAAGCAAUUACCAAAGAACUCUCUGUUCCAAAGUGUUCCUGUCAUUGAGGUCUUGUAUGAUUCUCGUAAGCAAACAGUGAAAAAGUUGCUCUCCUGUUUGAUAUCAAAUCGAUGCAGUGAAGGAGAAAGAGAUGCAUUUAAGUUUUUGCAACGGUUUGUUAGAGGCAUGGACAUGCAAAAAACUAGUACGUUUUUCGCGAUUUACAAUCGCCGGCAUGGAAUGAUCGUGGUUGGCAAGAAGAUAGAGGUUGGUUUUUUUUAGUGUGAGGGUGUAGCUUAAUCAAGACCUAUUGCCUACACUUGUGGACCGCUUCUGGAGAUUCCUUCAACAUUUGCUAACUACGUAGAAUUUAGGGAAGACUUCAUGAAUAUUCUUAACCGGAAUAACUGGGAAAUGGACAUUGUUUAACUUUAUUAUAACUAUUACAAGCGUAUGAUUAUAUUACACACUGGUUAAUAUCAACAUAAUCAAAAGAGUACUGUCAAAGCUGAGAAGAAUAGAAUCUAAGCUUUGGCUUUCCUCUUUUGUUUGUGGUUAGCUACAACCAAAAAAUUGAGACCAUUCCCAGAUUAACGUUUAUGCAGAGGAUCGUUUGUUUUUCUCUUGCGUUCCAAGGUUUUUUUCUUAUGACUUGGGGUUGGAGUUAUAUUUUAUUCCUAAUACAUAAAUAAGGCCUUUUACAAGUACUUUUGACCGAGUAGCAGAGGUAAAUCAUAGAAAAUCGUUUAGAAAAUGUUUACAGCUCUGCCUUUAGUUCUGAUGGUCAACCUUAUCUUAGUUCAACCGCUUGUUUUGUACCUUUUGUUGAAUUUGUUUCACUGUUGACUUUUCACUCUGAUUUCUCUUAAGAUUUGUGCUUUGCCAAAUGAAUUUUGGUGCUGUUAUAAAUGCGCUACACAAGACAAGACAGAGCAGACGUCAUUCCCGUCUGCAAAGCUGAAGAACUCGAGGAAGGGUGGCAGACGUACAUUUUAAAAUGGCUAAUGUUCAAAUUAACAGGCCUUAGAGUUCAUUUUCCACAAGGUAAACAGUAAACUACCUUUGUUGAGUUGAAGAUCUUACAUCUGCGCGUUGCAUGUUGCACAUACAGUGUACAAUCAUGUACUACAUAUAGUGUGUUAGAUAUGUUUUAUGUUAGUCAUGAAGCUGCUCCUUUUUUAAGAGAUCUUUAAUAACUGUUUACCCUUAAUACUAUUAAGCUUGGUGUGUUGUUUACCAUUAAUAGCCUAGAAAUAAUAAAAGCUGUUGGAAAGUUUGCAACUAUUUCCUUGCAAUAACGUGAUAUCCGAACAGACUAUCAAAUGUCAAUUUUUCUACUCCUUUGAUCAACGUCAUAUAGAGUUCAAGUCCUUCCUUGACAUCAUGAAGUGGAAGCAGACCAAGUGAUCAUGAAUUCAUUACUGUCAAGGCAAACUCUUUACUAAAAUCUUCAGUGCAUAUCGUUGAUUUAUUCCUCUAGGACCCCUGCUGUUUUCAAACUUGCUUGAUGCUGUUAGCUGAUUCCACAUUUCAGCAACUUGCUGAAGCUCAUCUCUUAAGAUUUGCGUGAAGCAAAAUCGAAUACAUUCCUGGUGAACAGGAUCCGAACCAUUUGUUACGGCCCAUCGUCGUACUCGUACUCGGGUCAUUAAAAGCCCCGCGAGACUGGACCUGUGAGAGUAGAAUAAAUUAUGUAGAUAACACGUCACGUGACUUCCUUGCUAGUCGCUCGUAGAUUUGUUGUAAGUCGGGUUCCAGGGCAGUACAUCAACCUGUUGUAAAUCGGUGUGUAUUGUAAAUCGAGCGGAUUAAAGUUGUGUUCAAGCGUUCAAGUUUGUAUUCCAUCGCUUCCUUAACAUGGUCCUUCACAGCCGGAUACAAGGUGACAUUUGAACAGUAAAUUUGUAAUUCUUCGCAAGGUCAUCACCACGUGGGCGAUAAGAUGGCCGCCAGUCCAAAGACCGAAAAUGAUGAUUUAUCGCAACUUACAGUUGAUCAGCUGCGAAAGCUGCUUCAAGAAAAAGGAUUACCAACUACUGGAAAAAAGAAGGUCUUGAUUGAAAGGUUGGUAGACGAUUCAAAGUCAAAUGUUGUCAAACCAGAGUCGAAGGAAGAAAUGAAUCUUGCUGAGUCAGCGGAGUCUUCGAGUGAAGUAGAAAUUCAACAGAUUAAUUCGAUCAGACGCAAAGCCAAAGCCUUGCAAAUAGAUAUGGACGGGCUGAUUCGGGAAAUUUCGGAGCUUAGUCAAAGUACCAGUAACAAAGUGAAAGUAAAGCUGAGAAUUGAAAGACUUACCGUGCAUAGAGAGAAAUAUCUUCAGCUGAGAAAUGAAAUAGUCGCGCUGAUCGCGGAGGAUAUGAUAGAAGAAGAACUUCGCAAAUGGGGAGACCUUUUACGUGUGGUGGAUAAAGCUAUCGAUGUUGCUCAUGAAUACCUCCAAAAGGAUUCCAAAGUGGAAGAUCAUCAGUCUUCAAAAGAAAAUACACAUACUGACAGUCGUCAAUCUUCAAGUCUUAAAUUGCCCAGGAUUGAACUGCCAAAGUUUAAUGGGGAUGUGUUGAAAUUUCAAAACUUCUGGGACCAGUUUGAAGCCGCAGUGCAUAACAAUGAUGACUUACCCAAGGUACAGAAGUUUACUUACCUACGCUCAGUGCUUACUGGUAAUGCUUUGCAAACAAUAGAAGGAUUUGAAGUAACUGGAGCAAAUUAUCAAGCAGCGGUCCAUUGCCUCCAACACAGGUAUGGAAGAAAACGUAUGAUAAUCUCAUCCCUUGUGAAAUCUGUCAUCCAGAUGGAUGCUAAGUCGGCGGUCAGCGCAUCCGCCCUUAGAGAUCUUUAUGACACAUUUAUGAAUAGAACCAGAGCCUUAGAAGCGCUUGGUGAAGAUCCAACGAGUCAUGGUUGUAUUUUGUUACCCAUCUUUGAGACCAAGUUGCCACCUCAGUUACUAGAAAAAUGGGAGUUGGAGCUUGCAGACACUCAAGAGGAUAAAAUAGAUCUUGAGUUGUUUUUCAAAUUUCUGAACCGCCAAGUUGUAUCCAAAGAGGCGGGGGAGAGAGGUUGUAAUGUGAACAAUACCCAAAGCAAUCGCAGUUCUGAUAAGGGUAGAGAUAACAGAAGAAAGCCUUCAUUUCCUCGAAUGGGUGGUGAGGAUGGAGCGUAUACAGCCUCUGCAUUACUUGGUGAGGCACGCGAGCUAACUGGUCCAAGCUGCAAUUUCUGUAAGGCAGGUCACGAGUCGCCAAAUUGCCCAGUUUUCAAUGACAAGUCACUAGAUGACAGGUGGAAGCUAGUUCAAGAGAAUAAACUGUGUUUCAAUUGUUUAAAGCCCAGCAACCACAAGCACUUUUCCAAGAUUUGUCGCCAACCUAAGUGUUCUGUGGCAAAUUGUGGCCGCCGUCAUCAUAAAUUGUUACAUGGUCAGCAGUUAGUGGCUACACCCCAGCAGCCUUCCAACAUCAGUUUAAGUGGGUUAGCGUCAGCUAAACCGGCAUUGCCCUUGAAGGAAACACUGCUACAGACAGCGCUGGCGAGGUUAACUGUCAAUGGUCAAGAAAUGAAAGUCCGUGUUUUGCUAGACUCUGGUAGUCAACGUUCAUAUGUGCGCAAGAACAUUGCAGAGUCCCUUGGCUUGCAAGGUCCCUCAGAGUUAUUAAGUGUUACAAUGCUCGGUGGAACAACUAGUGAAACCAAGAGAUUGCAGAGAGUUAAAUUUGCACUUUCGCCAAUGAAAGGAGAUUCCAAGGUGGAGAUGGAGGCCCUUGCUAUUCCCAAGAUUUGUAACCCCCUCGGGCCAGUGCAGUUAGACUUUCGUAAGAACUCUCAUCUUCAAGGUUUAACUCUCGCAGAUUCCUACCCUCGCGAUUCCGUCCAAGUAGACGUCCUUAUUGGUGCAGACUUUUACUACUCGUUCGUAACUGGGUUGUACAAGAAAGGUAGUUCAUCUGAGUCACUUGUUGCUGUUGAAUCUCAUCUCGGGUGGAUUCUUACCGGACAAGUAAACCGUUACUCAAGGUAUACCACAUCCAUGCUUACCGUUGUAGAAAACAGUGGACUCACUAAAAGCUUGAAAAGAUUCUGGGAACUGGAAUCUAUUGGCAUCGCUGAGACUGAAAACACUGUUGUUUCCCGGGAGGAGGAAGUUGCUGUUGCUGACUUCAAUAGAGGAUUGAAAUUUGACGGAAAGAACUAUGAAGUACGACUACCGUGGAAACGUGACCCUCCUAAACUGGAAAGUAACUACAUGCAAGCUGUUAGACGUCUGGAAAGCAUCGAAAGAAGGUUAAGACAUAACCCUGUGAAAGCUAAAGCUUACAAUUCUGCAAUCAAUGAAUAUGUAGAGAAAGGAUUUGCAGAGGUAGUGCCUAACGAGAAUGAUGAAGAUAGAACUGUACGCUACCUGCCGCAUCAUGCUGUGUUCCGUGAUGACAAAACGACGACUAAGUGCAGAAUCGUGUUUGAUGCUUCCGCGCGAGAAGGAGAUGGUGUUUCUCUCAACGAUUGUGUCCUUCCCGGUCCUGCUUUACAGCCCAACCUUGCAUCUGUACUCAUUCGAUUUCGAACAAACAGAAUUGGUCUCAUAGCAGAUAUUGAAAAGAUGUUUCUUCAGGUCAAGCUAGCGCCAGAGGAUCGAGACGUUCACCGCUACCUGUGGAGAGAUUUACAGUCUAACGAAACACCCAAAGUUUAUAGAAUGCAAAGACUGACAUUUGGUGUGAACUCAAGUCCAUUCCUUGCUAUUUCGACGGUCCAUGCUCAUGCAAAAAAAUACGCAGAACUGUUCCCAAAUGCAGUCCAAGAAAUUCUACAAAACAUGUAUGUGGAUGACGUCCUAACAGGAGCCGAUACGGUGGACUCGACUGUGAAACUUCAACGAGACAUGUCAGAGAUCAUGUGUAAAGCGGCGUUUAACUUGACAAAGUGGGCAAGUAACUCACAGCUCGUAAUGGAUGCUAUUGCCCCAGCCAAAAGAGCCUCAUCGUCACUGGUGGAGUUUGAGUCGAGUGAACCCCUUAAAGCGCUUGGAGUCUCAUGGGAUUUGACCUCUGACCACUUCCGAUUUCUUGCACCGGGUGGAAUUGUCUUAUCUCCGGAUCCAAUGACAAAGAGAAGCCUGCUUAGUCUAGCGUCGAAAAUAUUUGACCCUUUAGGGUUGAUAUCUCCUUUCACUGUCAGAGCCAAAAUCCUCUUCCAAGAACUGUGGUUAAAAGGAUUAUUGUGGGAUGACCCUUUGGACAGUGAAAUUAAAGCAAAGUGGCUACAUUGGAAGUCAGAGUUGUUGCAACUGAAAGGUGUGACCAUACCCCGAUGCUUCGGAAAUGGCAUCACGCAAGAGUCUAAGAUAGAGCUACAUGGUUUUGGAGAUGCCUCUCCUAAAGCGUACGGAGCAGCAGUUUACAUCAGAAUAGCAGACAAGCAAGGUCAUGUAUCCUCGCAGCUGGUAAUAUCAAAGUCCCGAGUUGCACCUAUCAAGAAAGUGUCACUACCCAGACUGGAACUUUUAGCUGCAGUUGUAAAUGCCAGGUUGUUGAAGUUUGUUGUAGACACUUUGCCUAUGGAAGUGACUAGUGUUGUGUGUUGGACUGAUAGUAUGGUGGCACUGCAUUGGGUAAAAGGUCAGAGUUCUCGUUGGAAACCAUUCGUGGCGAAUCGAGUGGCAGAAAUACAGUCCACGUGGGAUCCUGAGUGUUGGAGGUACUGUGCUAGUAAGGAGAAUCCUGCAGAUUUGUUGACGCGUGGGUUGAGCUGUGAUGAUAUGAUUGCCAAUAUCUUAUGGUGGAAUGGACCUCGGUGGCUGUCUUCGAGUGACAAACCUUUACCCGUUCAGCCCCAAGGUGGUACUGUCUCCUCUGAAGUAUGCGAAGAGGAAAGGAAAAUUGCUCAUGGUUGUACAGCAGUCGUUAGAGAGCCGUUAAUUGAUAUGUCGCGUUACGGGACAUGGUUAAAGUUGAUUCGAGUAACCGCUUAUGUACUGAGAGCAGUCAAGUUGUUCAAGACUAAAUGUAAGUCUUCUGAAAGUGAACUGUCGGCAGAAGAAGUGAAGAAGGCAGAGCUUAAGUGUUGUAAGUGGGUACAGGAAGAGGUCUAUAAAGAAGAUUACCAGUUGCUAAAGUCCGGACAAACUCUUCCCAAGAACAGUCGCCUUCUCAAACUAGACCCGUAUUAUGACAGAGAGGAUCAGGUUAUAAGAGUUGGUGGCCGACUGCAGUUUGCUGAUCUACUUGAACAGACCAAGCAUCAAGUAAUAUUGCCUCACGGACAUCCCGAAGUCGCAAAGAUGGUACUAGACCUACACAAGAUCAUGUUACAUGCGGGCCCAGAAGGCAUACUGUCAACCUUAAGACAGAAAAUUUGGCUGACCAAAGGGAGACGAGAAGUCAAACGUGUUAUCAGAAGAUGCGUGGCUUGCCAAAAACAGCGAGUUGGACCUUGCGCGCAGAAAAUGGGCCCAUUGCCGGAAGAGAGAGUUUCAUGUUCACCAGCUUUCGCGCAUGUUGGAACUGACUUCGCAGGACCUCUCUAUGUAAAAGAAGGUUCAACCAUACAGAAAGUGUACGUUUGUCUAUUCACAUGCGCAUCAUCUCGUAUGAUUCACUUGGAACUAACACACAGCCUUACCACUGAUGAGUUUCUACAAGCCUUUAGUCGCAUGACAAGCCGCAGAGGUCUUUGCCAUACAGUGUGGUCCGACAACGCAAAAACCUUUAAGGCUGCAAGCAAGGAAAUCCAGAAAUUGUAUGAUCCUAGUACUCAAAGUCGAACGGUGUGGGAUACAUUGGAUCGAAAUCGAAUUAAUUCUGAGCUCUCGUCGAAAGGGAUUACGUGGAAAUUCAUCACCGAGCGUUCACCAUGGCGAGGCGGAUGGUGGGAACGAUUUUUCAGAGCAAUCAAAGAAUCAUUGCGUAAAGUGCUUGGAAAGGCACUUCUCACCUUUUCUGAGUUGAACACAUUAUUAAUUCGAAUUGAAGGCAUCAUCAACUCGCGACCAUUAACGGCAGUGAGCGACGAUUGCAGAGACCCUUUGCCGGUUACACCUGCUCAUCUUGCAAUUGGUAGACCAAUUAACCAGUUACCUGAGAGUAAAGAAGAAAACUUGGAGGAGUCUAGUAAAAGAACUGUCGAAAGGUAUCUUUACCUACAGAGACUACUUAACCACUAUUGGAAACGUUGGCAACGAGAAUAUCUGCACCUUCUGUCCGUGAGAAGUAAAUGGCAAGAGGAAAACCCCUCCAUUCGAGAAGGUGAUAUCGUAUUGGUCUCAGAUGAUAAUGUAUCGCGUACCAAGUGGCCAAUGGCCAGGGUGGAAAAGGUUCAUCCUGGUAAGGACGGACUCGUGCGAACGGCUACCGUGAAAGCACAGAAAGGUGUAUUCAACAGGCCUGUUCAACGCUUACACAGAUUGGAAAUUGAUGCAGCGGCCCCACAAGUUACCCGUGAAGCUGAUGUUCCUGUUGACGGUGGGGAGAAGCCGCGAGCGAACUCUGUUAAUGUUAAAAGUGUACCUAUUCGUAAGCCUAAGAAGAGAGUUGUCCUCCCCGAAGGAGGACAAGGUGGGGAGAAUGUUACGGCCCAUCGUCGUACUCGUACUCGGGUCAUUAAAAGCCCCGCGAGACUGGACCUGUGAGAGUAGAAUAAAUUAUGUAGAUAACACGUCACGUGACUUCCUUGCUAGUCGCUCGUAGAUUUGUUGUAAGUCGGGUUCCAGGGCAGUACAUCAACCUGUUGUAAAUCGGUGUGUAUUGUAAAUCGAGCGGAUUAAAGUUGUGUUCAAGCGUUCAAGUUUGUAUUCCAUCGCUUCCUUAACACCAUUAAAUAGUCCUAAAUCUGACGAAUCUUUAAAAAACAUUGAUCCACCAACGAGGACAAUCCUUCACCAGCUAUGACCAAUAAGCCUCAAUUCUUUCGUUAGGAGUGGAUCUGCUGACCAGCAUCCUAGGCCAGCAUUUUCAUCAUCAUGGGGCGAUCUAAGGAAAGUGUGUAGUGUUUCAACCAAACUGUUUUCGGUUCCAUCGACUGACCUGAUCUUCCUAUUACAAAAAGUGUUUUUAUCUUGUAGAUAUGUUACUCAUAACGCACUCAGCAUUCCCUGAGUGCAGGAUGUUUUGGAACCACUGAACAUGCUGAAAGAGAAGAUGAGGCUACUAUAAAAAUGGCUUCACAACUUCCUGAAGAGUCCGUCAGAUCCUCUCCGUUGUGACAGCUUAUGCAGUCAAAAGAUCUCGUAGGUGACCACCUCGGGAACCCAUAAAAGUGGUCGCAGGUAGAGCUGGUUGUUCACCAGCUGUUUACGAGAAUUUUGCAAAAUUAUAUGCGCUCAUGAAGCGACCUUGAAUAUGAUUGAAAGCUUAUGUUUAUAUAUUUGAGGGCGCGCCGUCGCUUACAUACUAGGGAACUUAAGAUAGAGACGUUUUCGGGGCGACGGCGACCGGACUGGCAGAGCAAGCCUGGAACAGAGGCAGCCGUCGCUUUCCUCCAAAAUUCGAACAUUAAGAAGGACGGCGCCUUGGAAGACUACCGAAGAGGAAAAUAUGGCGUCACAUAAAGAAUUAAGAGAAUUAAUGCUUAUUGGCUUGCAUGCAACAACAACAACUUUAUUUCAGUAUUCCCACGUUGGUACGUGGUAUUACGUACUAUUCUAAACAAUUUUCAAUACGUUUGAUAUAUACGAUACUCUAAAGAAAGAAGUGAGCUAAAAACACACAAUUAAAAUAGCGGAGUUCACACUAUUUGUCUGGAUACUUUCAUUUGGCUCGUAGGACAAUUUUGUCCAUGUAAAGCUCACUUACGGUUUGCUGUUUGCCAUAUUGGAUCAGACUGGAUCUUGACUCUGUGACAUGAAACAUAGAAACAUUAUAAAGAUGUAAGUUUAGAUAACAGAGGUUGGAAAUCGAGCUUGAAAUGUGACUCAAACAAGGACAAUUUAAGAACGAUAAUCUGCAAAAUUCUGGUUGCUAAACGUAGCAAACCUGAUUGAAAUGAAAGUUAAAUACUCACGUUCUCGCCUCAACGCAAAACAGACCAGUUUCACUUCGCCGACGGGAGCACGACGGCAAUGUGGUGAGUAAGAGCAUGGGCAAUAUUGCAAAAUUCAUGACGUCCCGUCCGGUUGAAGUUGCCGUCGCCCCGAAAACGUCUCCAUCUUAAGUUCCCUACUAACUUGAGAUCACCCUCCCUUUUCGUGUCGCUUUUAUUGUAAAAUUCUGGUUUUAGCGCAAGCACGUAAGAGAGAAUGUAUAGUGUAUGAAAGCUCCUAAAAUAGAGCAUGAUCUUUGGAUACUUUGAGCAAAAAUCUCGACAUAAUUUAUGUUAUUAUUCAUUCAAAAUAUUUCUCCGUUUCUGAUUGGCUAAAAUCCCACGCAUAAUUCAUCAUAAUUCACCAUAACUAGCUAAUGUCGACCAAAUUUGGAAGAAUUUUGCGAUAUGUGAAAAAUGACGUCAAUUGUGCAGAAAAUUACCAAAAUAUUGAACAGUUAACCAAGAAGACCUGUGGACAAGGUUGAGGUGUUUUGGUAAUGAGUACAAAAUGCCAGAACAUUUUCAUUUGUUUUAUGGGGAAGAAAUAGGCCAAAUAUUGGCUAAAAACAUAGCAAGUACGAGGCGCAGAGCUAGGAUAAAUACUGAACCAAUUUCCUAAACCAGCGCCUUAGGCGUAAGCUUCAGGGAGGUCUGGGUGAUUUUAACUCCUUAAAAUCCCCUUUCCUGGGUUUCUGAAUGAUUAAGAUAGGAUAUUGGCGAGUUCCAUUCUACUCGAAUAAAGCCUUGCAACUUGGAAAGUUUUUUUUUUAAUUAUUUUUUAAUAUGAAAAAUCGAUUUAUUAUGAAAAAUCUGACCGAUUUCCAUAAAACGGUGGAAACGUGCGUGGAUCCGCGCUUGAGAACAGCAAGAAGAUAACUCAACGGACGACAUCUGCUAUUUGGAGAAUAUUUUGCAGAACUAAACAACCCUUUAUUUUCUAAACUUGCUGAUAAACUCUAUUGAAGAUGAACUUAACAUCGAUGGAGGUAAGCAUGUUUUAGCUUGUUUUGAAUUUAGGAAUAAUUAUUUUGAAUGAAUUAUAAAACAAUUAUUGAAUUUGGCUUUCGAAUUAUUUGAAGAAUUAUGGAGAUUUCGGAAGGUGUUAUCCGCCUCGGUCUCUCCUCGAUCUUUAUAAUAAUAUUCUUCAGAUAAUACGAAAGCGGAAUUCAAUAAUUGUUAAUUGUUGCCAGUACCAGAUAAGAAAGUAUCAGUAUUUCCCCCAGUAGGGGAUCGCUCUUGGGAAUUCUUAGUGGGGAUGUGUCUCCUGUUUCUCCAAAUCAGGAACUCUUUUCAGACCAAAAAAAUGUCAUUUUCCACACCCAUUUUCAGACAUGAAAUAACUUAGAUUGGAACUCCAACAAGUCCAUUUUGAAUUCACAUAUCUUUCUUUCUUUUUCAUUUGGAAUUGAAAUGCCAAAUACGUUCAUGCAUUCCUGUAGUUCCCUUCGAAAACCACAUCCGAUUCCAGACCAAACUGUUUAAAGCCUAUACCCGUUUUCAGACCGAAAUGGGGCUAAACCCACACCCUCUGGCUCAGCACAGACCUAUAUGGCUUAUAUAAGGGAGUACCACCCCCGGGAGUAUUUCAUUGAAUAAAUUUCUUUACGAAUCAUAGAUGUAUCUGUACAAACAAUACUGCAUAAUCAAAUGGUGACGUCUGAAAUUAGGGAAUAAUUUCACGUGCUUUUUGUCCAGAUUCUAAAAAUGUAAGACAAAUUAUGCCGUAACUAUUUUCCCGAGGCAGUACCCUUUUAUAAUUUAUUUCUUAGUGGUAUGAAAUUCAUGGUAGCUUGAGAAAACAACUGACAUUUCGUGACACCAUCACAAUAAGUUUCCCUGUCACUGGCCUUUUUUGUAGCUGGUGUUCAUUGAGUAAAAUACAGAUGUAGACCUUACCAAGGUACUAUACAACUAAUAACUUAAUAAUUAACGAUUUUCAAAAUUCUUUAGCUAUCAGCUUGGCUAUUGGCAGUCCUAAUUUUAGUAUUGAUGGGAGAGUCUUAUUGUUUGUUUCAUUAGUUUACUUGUAUCCUUAUGGACGGAAUUGAGGCGACAACACUCAGUCCAAUAUUUCAAUACUGUGACCAACUUGCCAUGUUAACUUAAAGUAAAUUACAUACAUACAGUCCAUGAUUAUAUAAUUUAUUAUUACCAUAGUUUGUAUUUAUGUUAUUUGCUUUAAAUUAAUGUGGCAUUAAUUAGUCAGAGUAUUUUAAAGCAAUUAAUUUGGUUAGGAAGUCAAAAAUUAUGUGUAAUAAUAUUAAUAUUAAAUAUUGAUAUUGAUGCAUCUAAUAAUAGUAAUACGUGUUCAUUUUCCCCCUUUUCAUUGACUACUUUUAUAGGUUAGAGGAUGAAAUAUGUCAUCAGAGGCUGCUAACAGUUCAAAGGAUUACUAUGGAGACCCACCUCAGCUUCUUUAUGAUGUCCCAUCUUCUAGUGGUAUUCAGACAACACACAAGAAACCAGAAUUACCUAUGGAUAUUCUGUUGCUGACAGUUGAGAAUGAUGAUGAGUUCUUACCUUGUUACCAGCAACUUAAAAAUCCAUGCAGAUGGUGGUUUGAUGGCCUUGGUUAUGUUUACUUUGAGGAAGAGGAUGAAAGUCAAAAAGAGAAAGUGAAAAUUGCAUUGUUGAAGUGCUAUGGUGGAAGUGGUGCUCCCGGUGGUUCUCUGAUUUCUGUGAAGAAUGCUGUCACUGUGCUAAGACCCAAGGCAGUUAUAUCUGUAGGAGCCUGCAGUGGUCUUAAUCCUGCGAAAACAAAGUUAGGAGAUGUCAUUGUCUCAUCUAGAUUAUCAACUUAUACAUCCAAAGUAGUAAUGUCUGAUCAAGAGCAAUCAACUGGCUUGAGAACUUAUGCCAGCAAACAUUUUCUUAAUGUCAUAAAGAAUUGUGCUGAUGGCUGGCAGGCUCCUUUGAAGAAUCCCGAAGCAAGUCAAGCAGUUGAAGUACAUUGUGGUGAAAUUCUGAGUGGUCCAGAGCAGAUCCAGGCUGAGUGUCGACGUGAUCAACUGGCUAAGUGCAACCUGAUGGCAAUGGCUGUGGAGAUGGAAGGCGAAGGUGUUUGUCAAUAUUUGUGUCAUAUUGCAGCAACUUCCUAAUAUUACUUGAUAUGCAUAUGGGUGCACUAGUCUUUAGUGCAAUGACUCGUAAAAUGUACGAAAAACUCAGGAAACUUUAGUGGGAAUGUAAUGGUCACACUGAGGUGCUGUCUUCUUGUGACAGUCUCCCUUCCUGUCAUUCUCUUUCUUGACUCAUUGCUAAAGUAACUAGCCUGAGUUAAUUGGUACAUAGUGUCUGUUAAGAGCAAAAAACUAGGCCAGUAAGGGCAUAGGAGUCAUAGGAGGGUGUAGAUUGUUCAUAAUUAUUUUCAACACUGUUUCACCAUUGUUCACAGUUUUGUCUCAGUUAGGGGACCUUACAUUGCUUGUAGUUACUGUAGGACGCUGGGAACCAAGUGAUGAGAUGUGCUCUUGCAGUGCUCAGUGGGCCCUUGCACCUUACUUUUGUUUCUUGGGGGAGUAGGAAAUCUUAGUUUUUUCAUUAAAAAAUUGUUUCCUAGAAAGGCUGGAUUUCACAAGUUUGGAGUUCUGAACUCCCUUCUGUAAUUUUAGGGGAGCCCUUUUUCAAGAAAGGGGGUCCAACGAAGGGGGAAGGGAAGCUUUGCCACCAUUUUGGAGCAUUCUGGGCAACUGAAAAAGUCUGGGGGCUCGAAGUACUGCAGAAUCCCGGAUGUUUUUCAGGUGAAAUAAUGACUCAGACGAAGAAGAGAAAGGCAAUUGAGACAGUAAGAGGCUAUAAAAGUUCAAAGUAAGUUUAUAGAGCGGCCGUCAAAUCAGUGUUGUUGUCAGUUACGUUUUCGAAGACUUUAUCUCAAAAAAAAUAGUACUUAUCCUUCGGUCUAUAUUUUUUGCUCCCGCGGCAACGUAAAUUUUAUGCCGCAUUUUUUUCCAAAUUGCGGAAAUCCCGCAAGGCUGCGCUCUAAAAUAAACCUUGACUGCUGUAUGUGUCUGUACCGAAAGAGAUCACAGGAAACGACCAUGCCAGGCACAAAUAGUGGGCAUUUUAUUCAGUACAUUCUUCAAAAUGGAAUUAAGUACAAUAAUACUUUAGUUGCCUUGACCUGGCACUUGAAUACAUGUGUAGUUGUGUCUGAUAGAAAAUGUUCAACUGUUUGUUUGACAUUCAAACAUCAUGUUAUGAUGUUAGAAAACGUAUGACAGACACUUGCAUCCGUCAACUGAAGUAAAACUUUCCUCUGUUAAGUCACUUCCCUACAUCUGAAAAUAGAAGAGUUACAUAACUGUGUUUUGGGUUACAGGUGUUUCCACUGCGGCAUUUGACAGCGGGAUUGAAUGGCUGAUUGUCAAAGGAAUCGCUGAUUAUGCAGAUAGCAGCAAUACUCAACAGAAUGCAAAAAGUUGGCGUCGCUGUGCUAGUGUGAUGGCCGCUUCACUUGUUAUGCAUAUUUUGAGCAAUCCCACUGUUUUCCGUUCCUGGCCUCAUUAUAUAGGUGAUUUUGACAAAACCAUAGUUUUGUUUUGUUUGUUUGUUUCUAUUCUGUUGCGUUUUUUUAUGUAUCUCAACUUAAAAGAUGCCGUGAAAGCAUCCUGUGCCACCCACGAAACGUAAUUCUGAGGAUGAGACACAAGUUUCCCUUGUUCAACGACAACUAUUUCUUUGAUGAUUUUUGGCGUAGUUUUUUUGCAGUAUUUAUCGAAAACGGCACCAACAAAAAAGCUCUGCAUGACAGUGUACUUCCCCUCUGCCUUCUAUCCUAGCCUUGAAUUAAUCCCUUUGGUCAUCACCAUGGCAAUCUGUAUUAAGGCUGAUGUCAACUGUAAGGAUAAUGAUACGAUAAGGUGCUCAGACCAAACCUAUAUUGAAAAUAAUUUAUUGCUUUCUGAUCAAUGGUAUGACAAAAAUUCAUUUCUCAGAAAUGCUCGGCAAAACAUAACUGAUUAGUUUUUUUUCUUUCUUUCUCUCUUUAUCUAUUUACAAAUUUGCUCCCUGUUGUAGGUACUUUGCCUAAUUACCCAACCUAAACCCUAGUAUAACACUCCACAUCGUAAGAAAAUAAGAUUUUUUAAGUUGGUUUUUCAAACUAAGUGUGUCCUUUUGUGUGCACGGUGUUUGCAAGACGGUAAUUGAUCAUGAAAUUAAUUGUACUUUCUUUGCGCCAGAAAGAGUGGCAGGCAUAAAACGCAGUGCAGAGUGUGUGGAAGUCGAGGGAAGUGUUAAAUCUCUGAAGUCACACGUCGCUGAUGUGCAACUCCGAUUAACACAAGUGGAAGAAAAACAGAGCUCCGCUGAAGCUCCAAUAAUUCGAGGUUGGAAAAACUAUUGAUUAACAUUAGUUCGGCCGGAAUAUUCCUAAAAUGAUCCUCUCCGUUCAUAAGCUUCUUCGAAUUUAACCCCCUAACUUUCAAAACAAAAAAGCCUCACACAAUUAUAAUAAGACCUUCGGGGCGGGGGGGAGGGGGGGGGGGGGCGGAUAAAACCUGGGGAUUGUUUUCAAUUUUCAAUAAAAAAUACAAAAAGAACUGAACGACUUGACCCUUAGAUUAAGUUUUUGUUAAUAUAUUUUUCUUAAAAUUCUAAAAAUACGCCCUACCUCUUCUAUUAUUUUUCAAAGACUUUUUUAGUAGCUUACAUUCAAAAGGGUUAAGACAAAAGAGAAAAUUGGGUUUGAAAUUAAAAAUUAGCGACUAGAAAUUCGUGACAACUUUUAAAUUCCUACUGAACAUGCCAACUUCAUCACUUACGCAANCACGAAUUUCUAGUCGCUAAUUUUUAAUUUCAAACCCAAUUUUCUCUUUUGUCUUAACCCUUUUGAAUGUAAGCUACUAAAAAAGUCUUUGAAAAAUAAUAGAAGAGGUAGGGCGUAUUUUUAGAAUUUUAUAUUCACUUUAUUAGUGUUCUAAAUACUUGCAAGAACGUCUUCAAAUAGACCUUUGCAACACAAGUGAUUGUUUGUUUAUUUAUUUACUUAUGUAAUUAUUUUGCAGAAUUUGCCGAUUGUGAAUCAGACAUCAGGUUUUUUGCCGCGCGUUGCCAUGAAAAUACAAGGCAAUGGCUGUUUGAAGAUUUUGACAAAUGGUUCAGUGAUCCUGGUGAUUCCAGAGCUUACGUUCUCCUGGGUGAUGCUGGUGUUGGCAAAAGUGUUAUAGCAGGAACCCUGGCACAGCGUAAAAGGGAUUCUGGACGUUUGGCCGCUGCUUAUUUUUGCCGUCAUAAAGAUAGAAGAAGAAAUCAUCCCUUGAGUCUUCUUGGAACUCUCGCACGUGAUCUCUGUAAAUGCAGUAGUUGUGAGUACAGUAGCAUAGUGGGGGGGGAAGAAGGUGUGAGAAAGUUGAUAACUAAUUCUGAAUUCAAUCUUGAAGUUCAUGAGUUAUUUGCGAAAUUGCUAGAAGAGCCUUUAGCUAAGUGCAGGUCUCCUCCGAAUCGCAGAUUAGUCAUCAUUGACGCUUUAGAUGAGACAGUAAAGAUUUUCUUAAUGUAA